GGACCGCGACCUCGCGCCGCCCGCUGCAGGCCUAAUGCCGCCGGGGCUCCGGGCUGGGGGUCACCCCACCUGGGCCUUCUCGCGUCGGGGGAUGGGGGCAGCCUGGGGUUUCUCCGCGAAGCCGGCCUCUCCGCCCCCGCCUUUCUUUCCAUCCUCUCCCUGGAGAGCCGGGUCGGGCUGGGGUCCGUGCUGUCCCCCAGGAAUCCCUCCACCACCAGGACGGCUAGGCCUAGUGGGGAGAGGUCUCUGCCGCUCCCCGGGAACCCUCCUACAGGAUGGUUGGGCUGGGUGAGGGGGCGGGGUCUGCGUAGUACCCCUGGGAAUCACCUAGGACAGCUGCCCUGUUGUGCUCAGGGAGCUCACGGGGAUGGCCAGGCCUGGAGCCCGGUCUGUACCUCUCCCAAGACCGAGACACCCUUCACCCGGGGCAGCCUGGCGGGGUGGAGAUCUGCGCCUACCCCCCAGAACCGGCGGAUGCACUCACUUUCCCGGGAAGUUUACCUCUGCGGCUGAACCCCCAAGGGUUCAGGGCCCAGCCUUUUCUUCCCUCCUAGCCAUGGGGGCUUCUCUUCUCACCCGACACCCACUCCUCCUAGCCCAGCAGGCAGGCUUGGGCAGCCCCCCAGGGCUCCACACUUUGGCCGGCAACUGGAGGCAUCUGAGUCCCACCUCCUGAGGGUGGCAAGUGAUCCUGGCCACCGCUGGUCACCAAGCCUCAAGCGCAGGCCCUAGCCCGCUUUACAGAUGCACAGACUGAGGUGGGGGCUGACACCCUGCUUCCUUCCUUCCCGGAAGGGGCACCUUCUGCUGGAAAGCUGUGGCCUCCAGCCAUUGUUUCUCUGCUGCGUUAGGGGCUUUCCCUCUGACAGGAAGGGGCAGUGGCCCAGCGCGCCUGUCCCCUGACCUGUUUCUGGAACUGCUGGUCACUUGGGGGACCCCGUCCUUACGGUGAAGCAGACAGCUGGGGCUUCCUGGCAGGGCAAGUGGACUUUUAAUUACCCACCGUAGAGUGUAUGGAGAUUACUGGAGGAGAGACGCUGUGUAAGUGCAAAGCAUUGUUAUUAUGGAAUUAAAGAUCCCAGCUCCUGCCCGCCUCCAGAAGCAGUAAUGCAGAGUUACUGAAGAAAAAAUUAGGGCUUCCAGACCGUACUGAUGUGAAGUCCCCACCCCCAUCUGUUCUGGUUCAGAGCAUAAUUGCCUCAUCUUUAGAAAGAAAGAAGACAGAAAAUGCCUGCCAAGCCCUUCUCCUGCCCUGCUUUCCUGCAAAGCUCUGGGUCUCUUCUGGCUCGGGGCAUUGGGGGACCUGCCCUGAUCCUAUGGGCACUGACCAGAGAGAUGAGGUGGGCCACCUGAGCCUGCUUGAGGACCUGACCAGAGAGAUGAGGUGGGCCACCUGAGCCUGCUUGAGGACCUGAGUCUCCAGGGCAGUAGUGAACGGGGCAUGUGACUCCGGCCACAUAAGAGGCUGGACAGCCUAAGUUUGGGACGUCUGCGCUUGAUUUGGUGUGGCCUCCACAAUCACAGCAGAGAACGUGCUGGCCAAAGCCCUCUACGACAAUGUGGCCGAGUCCCCAGAUGAGCUCUCCUUCCGCAAGGGCGACAUCAUGACGGUGCUGGAGCGGGACACGCAGGGCCUAGAUGGCUGGUGGCUCUGCUCGCUGCACGGGCGCCAAGGCAUCGUGCCCGGGAACCGCCUCAAGAUCCUGGUGGGCAUGCAUGACAAGAAGCCCGUGGGGCCCGGCCCCGGCCCACCCGCCAGCUCGGCCCUGCCUCAGCCCAGCCUCCACCCCCCGGCAGCCCAGUACACACCCAUGCUGCCUGCCACGUACCAGCCCCAGCCGGACAGUGUCUACCUGGUGCCUACCCCCAGCAAGACUCAGCAAGGCCUCUACCAAGCCCCUGGGCCCAGCCCCCAGUUCCAGUCUCCCCCGGCCAAGCAGACAGCCACAUUCUCCAAGCAGAUGCCCCAUCACCCGUUUCCCAGCCCAGCGCCAGACCUUUACCAGGUGCCCCCGGGGCCUGGCAGCCCUGCCCAGGACAUCUACCAGGUGCCGCCUUCCGCUGGGAUAGGACACGACAUCUACCAGGUCCCCCCAUCCAUGGAUGCACGGAGCUGGGAGGGGACGAAGCCACCAGCCAAGGUGGCGGUGUCCACCCGCGUGGGGCAAGGCUAUGUGUUCGAGGCCCCCCAGCCCGAGCAGGACGAGUACGACAUCCCACGCCACCUGCUGGCCCCGGGGCCCCAGGACAUCUACGACGUGCCCCCUGUUCGGGGGCUGCUUCCCAGCCAGUACGGCCAGGAGGUAUAUGACACACCCCCCAUGGCUGUCAAGGGUCCCAAUGGCCGGGACCCAUCGCUGGACGUGUAUGAUGUGCCCCCCAGUGUGGAGAAGGGCCUGCCGCUGUCCAGCCAUCAUGCGGUGUACGAUGUUCCUCCAUCGGUGAGCAAAGACGUGCCCGACGGCCCACUGCUGCGUGAGGAGACCUAUGACGUGCCCCCCGCCUUCGCCAAGGCCAAGCCCUUUGACCCGACCCGCCACCCGCUGGUGCUCGCCGCACCCCCUCCGGACUCGCCACCAGCUGAGGACGUGUACGACGUGCCGCCCCCGGCUCCUGACCUCUACGACGUGCCCCCCGGUUUGCGGCGGCCUGGCCCGGGCACCCUCUACGACGUGCCCCGAGAGCGGGUCCUUCCUCCCGAGGCAGCCAACGGCAGCGUGGCCGACGACGGUGUGUACGCGGUGCCCCCCCCUGCCGAGCGAGAGGCCCCGGCCGACGCCAAGCGCCUGUCAGCCUCCAGCACGGGCAGCACACGCAGCAGCCAGUCGGCCUCCUCCCUGGAGGCAGCGGUGCCGGGCCGUGAGCCCCUGGAGCUGGAGGUGGCCGUGGAGGCCCUGGCACGGCUACAGCAGGGCGUGAGCGCCACCGUGGCCCACCUCUUGGACCUGGCAGGCAGUGCGGGCGGGUGUGGGGGCUGGCGCAGCACCUCUGAGCCUCAGGAGCCUCCGGCACAGGACCUGCGGGCUGCCGUGGCCGCCGUCCACGGGGCCGUCCACGAGCUGCUGGAGUUUGCCCGCAGCGCCGUGGGCAAUGCCGCCCACACUUCCGACCGCACGCUGCAUGCCAAGCUUAGCCGGCAACUGCAGAAGAUGGAGGACGUGUACCAGACGCUGGUGGCCCACGGCCAGGCCCUUGACAGUAGCCGGGAAGGCCUGGGGGCCACUCCCGAAGACCUGGACCGCCUGGUGGCCUGCUCGCGGGCUGUGCCCGAGGAUGUCAAGCAGCUGGCCUCCUUCUUGCAUGGCAACGCCUCGCUGCUCUUCAGACGGACCAAGGCCUCUGUCCCAGGGCCUGAGGGGGGUGGCCCCCUGCACCUCAACCCCACCGACAAGGCCAGCAGCAUCCAGUCCCGGCCCCUGCCCUCACCCCCCAAGUUCACCUCCCAGGACUCGCCUGAUGGGCAGUACGAGAACAGUGAGGGAGGCUGGAUGGAGGAUUACGACUACGUCCACCUGCAGGGGAAGGAAGAGUUUGAGAAGACCCAGAAGGAGUUGCUGGAAAAGGGCAACAUAAUGCGGCAGGGGAAGGGCCAGCUGGAGCUGCAGCAGCUGAAGCAGUUUGAACGGCUGGAGCAGGAGGUGUCACGGCCCAUAGACCAUGACCUGGCCAACUGGAUGCCAGCCCAGCCCCUGGCCCCGGGCCGGACGGGCGGCCUGGGGCCCUCGGACCGGCAGCUGCUGCUCUUCUACCUGGAGCAGUGCGAGGCGAACCUGACCACGCUCACCAACGCCGUGGAUGCCUUCUUCACCGCCGUGGCCACCAACCAGCCCCCCAAAAUCUUCGUGGCACACAGCAAGUUUGUCAUCCUCAGCGCCCACAAGCUGGUAUUCAUCGGGGACACACUGUCACGGCAGGCUAAGGCGGCCGACGUCCGCAGCCAGGUGACCCACUACAGCAACCUGCUGUGUGACCUCCUGCGCGGCAUCGUGGCCACCACCAAGGCCGCUGCCCUCCAGUACCCGUCGCCUGCCGCCGCCCAGGACAUGGUGGACAGGGUCAAGGAGCUGGGCCACAGCACCCAGCAGUUCCGCCGGGUCCUGGGCCAGCUGGCAGCUGCCUGAGAGCCGUCACCAGAGGGACGGAGGGCAAGAGGAGGAGGGUGGCGAUGGGCAUGGGGACAGGCGACCCCAGCUCCACCCGGGCCUGGUGCCCCAGACUGUACAGGGAGUUGUGUAUAUUUAUGGCGGGGCAGGAUGUGGGACGGUGCCUCCUCAAAGGAGCCCGAGCAGAGCUGGGCCCCGGAGCCCAGGCCAGGAGUGGCUGGCCGUCUUUCCUGAGCGUGCUGAGGGCCCGGGGGGCGCCCAACAUUCGGGGCUGGGCUGGGGGCUCGCAGACCGCUUGACCCACAUGGCCUCAGGUGACCCCUCAGGCUGACCAUGAGGGUGCCGUGUCCCCCUGGCAGGGCAAGCGUGGCUGUGGUGUAUUCUCUCUGCACCAGGAGAAAACCCUAAAAAACUAUUUUUCAUUAUUGAUUUUCCAAUCAUUUGACUAAUAGUCUACAUUUAAAUAAAAUUAAAAAAAUGAAAA